AUAAUUUUUUUAACUUAAUAAAACUGGUUCGGUUCUCGGGUCACACUUCUCAUCACUCCUCUCGCCCCCCCUCUCUAUUUGCGUCUAUGCGCUGUUCCUGAUUCGUUUACUGGUAUGAAUUUUGAGCUCUCCUUGUUUGUUUUUAUUUUCCGUAGCUUGAAAUUGAACGUAGAAGCACCCAAAAAAAAAAGUUGUCAAAAAGAUCCAAGACAAAUUGAUUCUAUUCAUCUAGCCCCUUUUGAGGGUGGCCAUUGUCUUAAAGAUUGCAUUUUGGGUCAUGGGUGCUGAUGGGAUUUUUAGGAGCUGAUUCCGUACCCAAAAGGUGGUAAAUGCUGUGCAUGUGAGAUUGGUUGGUUUAAGAAGGCAAAUAAAAGAGGGAGAGAUUUCAGUGGAUUUAGAAUUGUCCAAAAAUCAAUUAUUUGGGUUUCUUCUCUAGUCUUUGUAGUUUGUGUGGAACUUAGUGGAUGGGUAUUCAGACAAUGACUUCUCAGGGUGGCGGUGGUGGGCAGCGAUCUCAGGUUCAGAGUCUAGGCCGUCAGGGUUCUCUCUAUAGUCUCACCCUCAAUGAGGUUCAAAACCACUUGGGGGAGCCUUUACACAGUAUGAACCUUGAGGAGCUCCUCAAGGGAUUGGACACAAACCAAGAAGUUGACAGCCAUGCCGAUCAAUACGCUUCUAGCUCUGGCCUCCAGCGUCAAGGAAGCAUCACCAUGCCCCGCGGCUUGAGAGACAAAACAGUAGACGAGGUGUGGAAAGAUAUUCAAAAUGGCCAUGAAAAUAAAGAUGCCAAUGACAGGAGGUCAGACCAGGAGAGGCAACUAACAUUCGGUGAGAUGACAUUAGAAGAUUUCCUGGCGAAGGCUGGAGUGGUCCCCGAGGGAUCAUUGAAAAAUGCAAACAAUGUUAUGGAAAAUGCCGCUGUUGGUCCGAUGGCUGGUCAAGGAUCGCAUUGGUUGACUCAGCACCAUCAGCAAAAUGUGAUGAGGGCUUAUUUUCCGGGAUGUGGAGUUGUGCAACCGAUUGGUGUUGGGUCGGGAACAAUGAUGGAUGCGAUGUAUCCGGAGGUUGUGUCGUCGCCGACGGUAGGGGCGAUGUCCGAACCACAAACACCGGGCCGGAAAAGAGGGGCGUCGAGUGAUGUGCCGGAUAAGUUGGUGGAGAGGAGGCAGAAGAGAAUGAUUAAAAACCGGGAGUCUGCUGCCCGUUCUAGAGCUAGGAAACAGGCCUAUACCAAUGAGUUGGAGAACAAGGUCUCUCGCCUGGAAGAAGAAAAUGAGAGGUUAAAGAAACAGAAGGAAUUGGACAAGAUAUUAGAUGCACCCCCACCAGAACCAAAGUACCAGCUCCGAAGAACCAGUUCAGCCUCCUUCUGAUGUUUUCACAAUAAGUUUUUGUAGAUUAACGGGUGUUUUUCUUUCUUUGUUUUCAUGUUGUAAUCGAAGUUAUGCGAAAUUAUGUUAAACGACAUGUUCAGGUAUAUCUAGUUGUGGGAGCGUGGGUAUCUUUGGCUGUUGCUAAUGUAAAUCUUCUAGGAAGUUAACAGGGACAUUCAGACAUUGGCAUUGUUCUUAUAAACAUAAUAUAGCCAACUGUAUGUGUGCAAAUAUUGUAUGAAACAAUACUUAUCAUCCUAUCAUAAGGUGAACCGUUUUUGUUGGUUACA